GUGUCAGUCAUCUGCUUCAGCCUCUGGGGUUGUCUGAGCAGUUGCGCGAGGAGAGAGAGAGAGAGAGAGAGAGAGAGAGGGAACAGAGCAACUGUUCGUCGAUUUCUCCAAGUUCCAAAUUCGUAAACUUUUUGCGUUUCUCGGCGUCUUCGCCGGUGAAAUCUUCAACAUUUAUGGACGUUGAUCUAUUACCCUCAAGAAUCCUAUCGACCAAGCACUUUCUCUCUCUCUCCCGAACUUCUUAUCGUAAUCCUUCAGAUAAUAGUUUUGAUGAUUCCGAGGGAGAUGAGGAAGGGAGAUCUUUAUUUCAAUGUCCAUUUUGCUUCAUGGAUAUUGAAGUUCGCUCUUUGUGCAUUCACUUUCGAGAAGAACACUCUGUUGAUGACAGAAAUAUGGUUUGUCCUCUUUGCGCGGGAAAUCUGGACGGGAAUUUAACUAGGCAUUUCAUGGUACAUCACAAGACUUCAAUGAAGCGGAGGAGAAAGCUGCUCAAACCAGGGAACAGCAGCUCGAUGGUGCUUGGAAAAGAAUUGAGUUCAUUUCUCGGGUACCCUGGAAGCAGUCGAACCCUAGCUGAACUCCCAUCAGAUGUCCCGUUAGAAAAUCUCUCAGAUAAGAAAAUAUUGAACCUCUCUAAUGCGAAAAGCCCCAAGCCACUCCAAGACCAAGCUCAGAAGCAAGAACUUGACGAGAAACGGAGAAUAGCAGCUUUUGCUCAGGAACUGGUUCUUUCAACCAUUCUCUAGAUUUCAGGACAUCACCAUUUUCUGGAAUGCUGAAUCAGUAAGACUCAAGAUUGAAGCAGAAUGUUUGGACCAUUUAUGGUGUGGCUGUAUUUAUGGAAGGGCAUUUUGUUUGUACUUUUAUUAUGCAUGCAUGCCGGGUCUAGGCAUCUUGUCAAACUCAUUCUCUCUCAUUUCAAUAACUCAGAAUCUGAAAACUUCUAUUUUAAAUUUUAAUAAUAUACCCAUUUGAUGUU